AGCACAAUGCUCCGGGUUCUUCUUUAUGCUUGAUUUGGAUGAAGAGUCACGCUUACGGAAUGUAUUUUGGGCGGACAAUCGAUGUCGAUAUGCUUACAAAGAUUUUGGUGAUGUUAUUACUUUUGACACGACAUAUCUUACCAAUCGUUAUGACAUGCCAUUCGCGCCAUUUGUAGGAGUGAAUCACCACGGACAAUCAAUCUUGCUUGGUUGUGGCCUCAUCUCGAGUGAAGAUACGCAAACGUUUGUGUGGCUUUUUAGAGCUUGGCUUGAGUGUAUGGACGGUAUUGCCCCUCACGGAAUUAUUACCGACCAAGAUCGUGCUAUGCAAAAUGCCAUCCAACUAGUGUUUCCAAAUACACAACACCGAUGGUGUUUAUGGCACAUAAUGAAGAAGCUUCCGGAGAAGUUGGGUGGGUUUACCCAUAAAGAUGAAAUUAUGGCCGGUAUACAUGAUGCAGUAUAUGACUCUCAAUUCCCUGUUGACUUUGAAGUUGGUUGGAAUUCACAUUUGGAAAGGUAUUCACUUCAAGAUGAUGAAUGGCUUAAGGUCAUGUUUGAAGAACGCCAAAGGUGGGUACCUUGUUACUUGAAAACUUCAUUCUGGGCAGGUAUGUCCACAACUCAACGAAGUGAGAGCAUCAACGCUUUCUUCGACCUUUUUGUGCAUUCUAAAACAAGUCUAAAACAAUUCGUGGAGCAAUAUGGUUGUGCCUUAAAAUUUAAGGCUGAAAAAGAGUUUCAAGCGGACGCUGAGUCAUUUUCAAAAUUGGUACCGUGUGUUUCGAAAUUUCCUAUGGAGAAACAAAUGCAAGGUAUAUACACAAUGGCGAAGUUCAAGGAGUUUCGAGAUGAAGUGGUUGGCAAGCUUUAUUGUGACAUCAUUCAAUGGGAUGGCGGUAAAAUUUAUCAUGUCAAAGAAGAAGUUAAAAUAACAGAGGACUUUUACAAGACUGUUUACUUCAUAGUGGAAUAUGAUUCUGGCUUGUGUGAAUGCAAAUGUAGUUGUCAUUUGUUUGAAUUUAGAGGCAUUGUGUGUAGACAUAUGUUUAUGGUUCUACAGCGCAACGAUGUUAAAAUCUUGCCUGAGGUGUACAUCAUGCGGAGAUGGAGGCAAGAUGUAAAGCGCCCUUACACACGAGUGAAAAUAAACUAUGAUGGGUGGAUCACAACAGUGCAGCAACAACGGUAUGACAAGUUGUGUAAGACUUUUGAAGAUCUUGCAAAUGCCAUUGCCGAUGAUGAGGAAAAGUAUAAAAGCGUUAUGCAAUGGAUGCAAGACCAAUUGCAUAAGUGUGCCGGGUCAACUACAACUUAUUCCGUUUGUGGUGUUAUGACACAACUUCCACAAUUACAUACAAAUGUGCAUGGGGAGGCGCCGGGUCCAAUUCAAGAUCCGAAGAUCACAAAAAGGAAGGGUGCACCGAGGAAAAACCGCAUAAAAGGCCCUCUUGAAAAAUCAAAGAAGAAUCAAAA